GCUUUUCACUUGGCUUUCCUCACGUUGUCGUCAUUUUGUACUGUACGGAACAUCUCCAACAUCGUAUAAUCGCUGUCUCAGUUUCAUUGUCAGCCUUGUAACAAAACGUAUCUCGCAUAUCCUGUUAUCGCAUACCAAAACAUGACCGGUGAUUCGUAUGUCGCUCCCGGAGGGAUAUCCUGUUACGGAAUUUGAUUUCUGCGGCUAUCUUAUCUCGAUCCUCCAUCGCGGCGGAAAGAAAUGCAGCCUGGAAGAGCGUGCAGUUACAUAUUCGCAUCCUUGGAAUCACUUCCCUUCAGUCACUCACCACGCUAAUAAGCAUAUCCCCUUGACUUUUCGAUGGCUUCCGAACGUCCAGUAACCUACUUCGACAUCACUAUUGGUGGAAAGCCAGCAGGUCGCAUUGUCUUCCAGCUAUACAGUGACCUCGUGCCCAAAACGGCAGAGAACUUUCGGGCCCUGUGUACUGGUGAGAAGGGCAGUGGGAAGUUGGGAAAGCCACUAUGGUUCAAAGGUUCCAACUUCCACCGGGUCAUCCCUCGCUUUAUGAUUCAGGGUGGUGACUUCACUGCCGGCAAUGGUACAGGCGGUGAAUCUAUCUAUGGUGAGAAAUUCGAGGAUGAGGCAUUCCCAGUGAAGCAUGACAAGCCGUUUUUGCUGUCCAUGGCUAACGCUGGCCCGAACACCAACGGUUCUCAAUUCUUCGUUACGACUGUUCCCACCCCGCACCUUGACGGAAAGCAUGUUGUAUUUGGAGAAGUCAUUCGCGGAAAGUCCAUCGUCCGCACGAUUGAGAACCAUCCUACAUCAUCCGGUGACGUGCCUACGGAACCUUGCACCAUCGCCGACUGCGGCCAAUUGGAUCCUUCAGAUCCGUCUCUAACCGCGGAGGCCGUUGGUACAGAUGGAGAUCCCUACGAAGACUAUCCGGAUGAUCAGGCCGUUCUUCCUGAUGGCGAUGUCAAAGAUAGGCCGGAAGUAGCGUUGCGAGUCGCGCGCGAAAUUAGGGAAGUAGGAAAUAAGUUGUUCAAAGAGGGCAAGAUCGAAGAAGCUCUCUCUAAAUAUCAGAAAUCCAUCAGAUAUCUUGACCUUCAUACCGAGCUGCCGGAGGACGCUCCACCAGAACUUAAAGAUUCGUACCAAGCUCUCCUUGCACCCCUUCUGCUGAACAGCGCGCUAGCGGCCAUCCGCUUGGGUGGACCUGUGAACGCGCAGAUCACCUUGAAGAACACUAAUAGGGCGAUCUUUGACCUAGAACUCAAUGACGCCGACAAAGCGAAAGCCCUGUAUCGUCGCGCACUCGCUCAGGUCACUCUCAAGGAGGACGAUGAGGCAGAACGAGACCUGGUAGAAGCUGAAAGAGCAGCGAGAGAAACAGAAGAAGGCUUUCAAGAAGCUCUUCUCAUGAUCCCUGUGGAGGCUGGAGAGAAUUCUUGCGCUUAUGUUUGUAUGGCAGAGUCAGAAUAUUAUACAACUGUACCGGCUCUCGAGUCCCUGCCAAGCCUAUUUCAAUUCAAGGGCGGUCCCGCACACAUCACCUCUGAGCUGACUCGUGCAGGUCAACUCUCUUGCACCAUAUGCUUCGUUCAGUGCUUUGUCCUGUCCGUGAUGGAGAGUGGUGAUCGGACCGUAACCUUAACCAAAUAUUCGGAAUUGUGUGGCGCUGUAGAGUUCUUCUGGGGUGAAAAGAUUGAGAAUAACGGCCAUACAACUGGACUCGUGGAGGCCGACUUGAUAUCGGCUGUUGAGCGAAACCGACGACGGGUGAUGUAAUGAUACAGGGGAGAUGAAGAGGAGUUCUGAAUCAAAGAAAGCCGUACGGAUUGU